GGCAAUAGUUUACUGAAUGUAUGAAAUGUUUUGAUUAUUAUUAUUGAUGUAAAGUAAUAGUAAACUAAUUGGUAUUUUUCAAUGGAUCAGAUAAGGCCAGCAAUGGAUCAGAUCGAAGAAAUGGACAUCGAUGAUGAUGAUUGUGUUAUCAUUGAUGACGAUAAUGUGUCGUUGUUGUCGAAAAAACGGGCCAUCGAUGAGACCAACAACAACAACAACAACAACCGAACCCAAGUUAAAGUUAAAGACAAGUUACCGCCGUAUGAGUCGCUGAUCAGACACAUAGUUAAAGCCAAGAGACGUGUUGUACCAGACAAUCGCCGUCGGCAAUUGGUCUGCGUAUUGGACACCAAUGUAUUGUUGUCGCAUCUGAACCAAUUGAAACAAAUGAUUUGUCUAAUUGAAACCAAACGAUUACCUCAUAUGAGUCAAAUCAAGUCAUUUAUGAUACCAUGGGUUGUCGUACAAGAGUUGGAUGGCCUUAAAGGUGGUAACAAACACAACAACAACAACAACAACAAUAAGUCUGUUGUCAAUGUUAUCCACUUUAUUAACGAACAGCUGAACAAAACUAAUGGACUAAUUAAAGGCCAAAUCAAAUACAACAACAAAUCCUUAGCAAACCAAAAGCAUAGCAAACAUCAACUGAUUGAAGAAGAAACAAAUGACGAUAAAAUACUAAAUUAUUGUUUCGAAUUAAGAGACAAAUCAUUAUCAACACCAACAUCAUCACCACUGGAUGUAUUGCUCAUUACCAACGAUGUCAAUCUGUGCAAUAAAGCACUGAUCUAUGGUCUCAAAGUCAACAAAUGGAUAGAUUUUUGCGAUAAAUAUCGUCUGAAUAAUAAUACAUCGUUUCUUUCAGAUGAGUGGCGCAAAGAUAACGAUGUCGUCGACGCUUACGAAGAUAAUGCUAAAGAUAAUUGCGAAUCAAUUAGUAAACGUCUUAAAAGUGGUGAUAAUAAUCAAGUUGUUAUAAGUGGUGAUAAUAAAAAUAAUAAUAAAACAAAUCAAAUCUCCCGAAAACAAAAUCUAUUACAUARAUCUCAAGCAAAACACAUUCAAAGUCCAACUAAACGCAAGACAAUGACUGCAACAGCGAAGUCUUUAACAUCGAUGACAUCAAUGUUAAAGUCUAGAAUGAAAUCCAUUUAUAGCAAUAAACAACAACAACAACAACAGAAGCAGAAUACUGUGACCACCAAUAGUGACUGUAAGCCAUUAUCAUCACCGAUGACACAAUCACAAUCAACACCACCACCAUCAGUAACAUCAUCGCCAGCGUCGUCAUCAUCAUCAUUACCAUUAAAAUAUGACGAUUGGAUCAGAUAUCGUGACGAAUGUGAACAAUUGAUAUUGAAAUUUAUUAUCAAAACAUACAAACAGAUUUGGGGCGAAUCAGAUUGGAAACUGAUGCUCGAGUUGGACAUUGCAAACACAACACUGCGCGAUAUGAUUCGGGUAAUACGUAAGGAAUGGUUCGGCAAUUUUAGCGACCAAUUCAAUCGGAAUCCAUCAGUCAAACUGCUUAUCGAUAGAUUGCAUACCAGUCUCAACAAAUCCUAUGCUAAUUAUUCACUAUAUUUUAGUGAUUUAAAACAAUUUUGCCAAUUAUGUCAACAACAACUACAACAACAACAACAAUAACUAACACGAAGUUAUGAUGCGAUAAAAAUAUAUGCAUUUUAUUAUAUCCAUUAAGACUUGCCAUAAUUCAAGU